AAAAACGACACCAUGGAGUUGUCGUCGCGCCAUGGUCUCGGCCGCCGGACGCGGGAGCCCUGCAUCUUCUUUGCAUCUGGGUUGGGAUGCUGGAAAGGAAGCCGCUGCGACUUUGAUCAUGUCAUCAAUCAGGAGCCAGGCUACCGACCCAGGAAGGAUGUCAGAGAGAAGGUGAAAGAAGAGCUUAGGAGAUGCUUUGAUGAGAAUGAGCCAGAGAAGAUUUACGCAAAACUCCAGGAUGCGGCCCGACAGAGCAGGUAUGCCUAUGCCUUGAUUGUAGGUGUUCUUGCAAGCAUCAUGCAACCGAUGCUGGUCGACUGGAGCGGAGAUUCCGAUGCUGAAGCUCUGAAGCUCUUGGAGCCCCUGAAAAUCCAAUGACUUGCUUUAUCGAACAUACGAACAGGAUAUGCAGUGAUAACUG